UUCGGAGAGCAUUCGAAGUUUUACGCCCGGCGCAUCAACAUGUCGUCUUCGCCGUCCGUCUCGCCGUCAGCGACGCGCGCGUGUACCUCCGCCGCCGUUCUGAUGUCGCUGCUGCUGGCGCUGGCCGUCAACCGGGCCGGUGCCGCGGCCGUCGACACCACCACCGCGGCCACAGUCACCGUGGCCGAAUUGGCCGCGUCCACUGCGGGCAACACCCACGAUAUCGCCGACCUCACGGACACCACCGACCUCACGGACACCGCCGACAACGUUCUGCAGCCGGCCAGUUACGGUUCGGCUCCCCCGAAGCCGUCUCAGCCGUCUCCGGUUGUGGCUAAAAAUGAAGACAUUUACAGUUUCGUUGUUCAUUCGAAAAUCAAGUACAGAUAUGCUCAGACUGUUGUAUCGAGUCGCGUGGCCAACAAGGGAAAUACUUCCCAUGAAGUACAGUUCUACGUAACUCUCCCAGAAUCUGCAUUCGUUUCUAAGUUUUUAAUGGAAAUAAACGAAAAAGUGUAUGAAGCUUAUGUAAAAGAAAAAAAAGAGGCUAAAGAAGAAUAUAUUACUGCUGUUAAUUUGGGUCAGACAGCGGCUCAUGUUGAACAAAAUGCAAGAGAUUCAAAUAAAUUUACGGUUUCCGUUAAUGUGGAAGCAGAAAGUAAAGUAACAUUUAAUCUCACCUACGAACAAUUGUUAAACAGGAAAUUGGGAAUUUAUGAAAAUGUAAUUAACUUACAGCCCGGACAAGUUGUUAAAAACUUGCAAGUUAUUGUAGAUAUCGAGGAAUCUUCAAACAUUACAACAUUGGAAGUACCAGACAUAAAAACAGCAAAUGAAAUUGAAACUACAGUUAGUAAAAACAAAUUGGCAAAAAUUUCUCGUGAAUCAGGCAAUAAAGCGACGAUAACGUGGAGUCCAACUGUUAAAGAACAGCUAACAUUUACGGAACAUGGUGUUAAAGGCCAAUUUAUAGUUCAGUAUGACGUUGAUCAUAAUUCCACGCCAAACCAAGUUCUUAUCGACGAUGGAUAUUUUGUUCAUUUCUUUGCACCAACGGAUUUGAAACCGCUUAGGACCCACGUCAUAUUUGUACUCGACGUUAGUGGUUCUAUGGUUGGACAGAAAUUACCACAAGUUAAAGAAGCUAUGAGUCAAAUUCUGUCAGAAAUCCACGCUGAAGAUUUUUUCACAUUGAUACUUUUCUCAGAUUUUGCUCAGAUUUGGACAAUAAAUGCUACUCAACAAACGUCGAAUCGUUGGGACGAAAACAAUAACAACUGGAAGUCGAACAAUAAUUUUAGUUUGGAGGCAUUGGGUGAAAAUCGUUUCGUUUUUCCGGCAACCGAGCAGAACAUACAAUACGCCAAAAAAUUCAUUCAAGACUUGACAUCGGAGAGCAGUACAAAUAUGGAAGAUGCUCUUAGCAAAGCGCACUCUAUCGCCAAAUUGGGAGAAACACGUUUCAAAGAUGGUGCUAACACGCCAAAACCAAUUAUUGUGUUUCUGACCGACGGUGAACCGACAACAGGAAUUACCGAACCCCAGGAACUGAUUAAAUAUGUUUCUAAUACUAACGAAGAGAAGUAUCCAAUAUUCAGUUUAGGUUUUGGUGAAGGAGCGGAUAUAGAUUUCCUUAAAAAGCUCUCAUUGAACAACACCGGUUUCGCAAGAGUCAUCUACGAAGCUUCGGACGCGUCGUUACAAUUGCGUAAUUUCUAUAAAGAAAUAUCUUCUCCCAUCUUAUCCAACGUUACUUUCCAAUACAUCGAUACUCAAGUCGAAAACAUUACUGUGACGAAAAAAACAUUUAACUUGCUGUUCAAAGGUACAGAGUUAGUUGUGGCCGGAAAGUUGAAGGAUGGCGCUUCGCCUGAUUUUAAUGGCACUUUAAAUGCCGAUUCGACUGAAGGAAAUUUUGAACGUCCUGUCAUUGUCACGUGUUUUGAUAUACCCAUCAUUCCCCCCAAUGAUACUCUUCCAAAAUCAAGAAGAAUAGGUCAUUUAGAGAAAUUAUGGGCAUACUUGAACAUACAACAAUUAAUGGACAAAUAUGAAUUAAACAAGAACGAAAAUUCUACGGAAAAAGCUAAAGCACUCGAAUUAGCAUUAGAAUAUUCAUUUGUCACUCCACUAACGUCCUUAGUUGUUGUCAAGCCUAAUGAUACAACGACAUCAGCGGCUCCAGAAAAAAUCAAACCACUUAACGAUAGAUACAACUUUGGUUCUUUAAUGGCUAGCAGUCCACUUUAUCAAUUAGGUCCAUCUAGCUCAGUGAUGAUGGCAAAUAGUAUUGUUUCAAGACCAUCAGGAUUUUCCUCAAGUAUUUCAUUGAAGAAAGCUAGUGUAUCAUAUUCGGCGGUCUCUGAAGAUGCAGUUCUUUCUGCAUCCGAAAUGGUUCCUUCGCAAACUUUAGUUGCUGUUACAGAUAAUAUCGCACCGCCCUCGGUUGUAGAUUUUAGCCAAAUUAAAACAGACAAAUCAAAUUCUACAUCGCUGCAUGACAUCAAUGAAGUGAUAUGGUUGAGUGAUACUGUUACAUUUGGUACAAAUAAUAUAACUUAUCAAGUAUCAUUGAACACUACUGGUCAAUCGUAUCAAAACUGUACAACACCCGACCAAAGUCAUGGUAAUUGUAAACAUUUAAAAGACUGCGUUGUGGAUUCAAUUCUGAGUUCAUUUGAUACAUACCUUACAUUGUUUUGUCCAAUAGAAACAUUGUAUGCAGGAAUUUGCUGUUUAGUGUAAAAUGUAAAUGUGUGAAUGUUCAUACAUUUCUAGAAAGCAUAGAUUUAUUAAUAUUUUUUAAAGUGUUUAAGUUAUUUAUUAUUAUUGAUUAUUGAUUUAUAUUUUAUAUACCUUUGU